AUGUCUGCCCAAAUCAAGACAAUCACUCUACCAAAGAGUCAAGUGCGCAUGUUCUACCGAGAGCUUGGCGGGAAGACUCCGACGAAAACAAUCCUCCUCCUUCACGGCUUUCCUUCAUCAUCCCAUCAAUAUAGAAAAUUGAUUCCCCUCCUUGCUGCCAAAUAUCGUGUUGUGGCACCGGAUCUCCCAGGCUUCGGCUUCACGGAGGUACCGGAAGGGUUCAAAUAUUCGUUCGAGACACUCGCCGACACGCUUGAAGAAUUUUUAGACGCCAUCUCCCUUUCAAAAUUCUCGAUUUACAUCUUCGACUACGGUGCCUCGGUUGGUCUUCGUCUGGCACUGCGGCGCGCGGAUGCUAUUGAGGCCAUCAUCUCUCAAAACGGAAACGCGUAUAAGGAGGGAUUCGGCGACGUGUGGGGUCCUAUCCAAGAUUUCUGGGCCAGCGAGAAUUCCCCAGCGGAUCGAGCCAAAGUGGCGGAUGCAAUGUUGACAUAUGACAUUACCAAGUUCCAGUACCUUAACGGGACGCCUGACGCCAGCAGCAUCGCACCAGAGUCUUAUACGUUAGAUUACGCACUGAUGGAACGUCCUGGGAACAAGGAUAUUCAACUUGAUUUGUUUAUGGAUUACCAGAACAAUGUUGCGCUCUACGAGAACUUUCAAGAAUACUUCAGGUCUUCUCAAGUGCCUUUAUUGGCCAUCUGGGGAAAGAAUGAUGUUUUCUUCAUUCCCUCUGGCGCUGAAGCAUUUAAGAAAGAUAUUCCUCAUGCGCAGGUCAAGUUUCUCGACGCUGGUCAUUUUGCGUCAGAGAGCCAUGCCGAGGAGAUUGCCGACGAGAUCAUCUCUUUCUUGGGGCAGCUCAAAGGUUGA